GCUAGUUCAGGCUAUCAGCCCUGCCUGUAGAGAAUCAUACCAUCCCGGAGAUUGAAAAAGACCACUAUGACCCACCGUGAUCAUGCAUGGUGGGGCUGCGGGGUCAGGACUGGGGUGCUCGGGCAGUUUGAGAAGCAUGAUGCUGGCCCUAGGGAGUGCUCUGUGGCUGAGCUGGGGGUUGGGCCACUUCCACGCUGCCCCACUCAAUUGCUUCCCUUUCCAUCUGCUGUUUCUUCCCAGUAGCAUCCUGCCGCUGUGCCAACCCUUGCAGGUUGGGCCAGGGUUAGUGAGCAGAGUCACUCUGCCAUCCAUUCCUUUGGGUCUUUAUGUCUGUGGGGGUGUUGCUUUGUGUGUGCUUUGCAUGAUAGCAGCACCGCAGCGAUCGGGUUUGAGGCACACCGAGAGACCAAUGCAAAUGUGUGCCGCUGCGGAACGCCUUCAGCAGCUGCUGUGUAACGCAGGGAGCUGCUCCGCUGACUUUAUCUGCGUUAGCAUCCCCUGUUUUGGCUAUCAGAUAGUGGAGCCCAGCAGACAGCAGCGUGGCUCUGAAGGGAGCCCCGCUCCCUGAUGCAGAGCCCUUUAAGGAGGAAGAGAAAGGAUGAAGAUGAGACGCCAUAAGCUCUUUCUGACUCUCUGCAUGGCUGGUCUCUGCCUCAUCUCCUUCUUGCACUUCCUGAAGGCCCUUUCCUAUGUCACCUUCCCCCGGGACCUGGCUUCACUUAGCCCCAACCUCGUCUCCAGCUUCUUCUGGAACAAUGCCCCCGUCACGCCACAGGUUAGCCCUGAACCGGGGGGCGCGGAGUUCCUCCGCACACCCCUGUACUCCCACUCUCCCUUACUCCAGCCCCUGCCACCCAGCAGAGCCAGCGAAGAGCUGCACAAAGUCGAGUUUGUGCUGCCGGAAGACACGACGGAAUAUUUUGUCCGAACCAAAGCCGGUGGUGUCUGCUUUAAACCGGGUACCAAGGUGUUGGAGAAGCCACCAGUGGGAGGGCGGCCGGAGGAGCGCGCAGAUGGUGCAGCUUCAGGGCGUCCUGCUCGCAAACCGCUGAGCGCAGGUGGGACCAAGCGGCGCAAGUGGGUGGAGUGUGUGUGCUUGCCGGGCUGGCACGGCCCCAGCUGUGGCGUUCCUACCGUGGUCCAGUACUCCAACCUGCCCACCAAGGACCGCCUGGUGCCACGGGAGAUCCCCCGGCGAGUCAUCAACGCUAUCAACAUCAACCAUGAGUUUGACCUGCUGGAUGUCCGCUUCCACGAGCUGGGAGAUGUGGUGGAUGUCUUUGUGGUGUGUGAAUCGAACUUCACGGCCUACGGAGAGCCACGGCCCCUCAAGUUCCGCGAGAUGCUCCUCAACGGCUCCUAUGAGUACAUCCGCCACAAAGUGCUCUAUGUCUUCCUGGACCACUUCCCUGCUGGUGGGCGCCAGGAUGGCUGGAUCGCUGACGAUUACCUGCGCACCUUCCUCACCCGAGAUGGCGUCUCUCGCCUCCGCAACCUGCGCCCGGAUGAUGUCUUCAUCAUCGAUGAUGCUGAUGAGAUCCCAGCUCGUGACGGCGUGCUCUUCCUCAAGCUCUACGACGGCUGGACGGAACCCUUCGCCUUUCACAUGCGCAAGUCUCUCUACGGCUUCUUCUGGAAGCAACCGGGCACCUUGGAGGUGGUUUCAGGCUGCACUAUGGGGAUGCUCCAGGCUGUCUAUGCUACUGAUGGGAUCCGUCUGCGGCGCCGUGAAUACUACACCAUGCCUGGUUUCCGGCAGUAUGAGAACAGCACGGGACACAUCCUGGUGCAGUGGUCGCUGGGCAGCCCCCUCCACUUUGCUGGCUGGCACUGCUCCUGGUGUUUCACCCCAGAGGGGAUCUACUUCAAACUGGUAUCGGCCCAGAAUGGGGACUUCCCCCGUUGGGGUGACUACGAGGAUAAACGAGACCUCAAUUAUAUCCGGGAGCUGAUCCGGACUGGUGGCUGGUUUGAUGGUACGACGCAGGAAUAUCCCCCUGCUGACCCUAAGGAGCACAUGUAUGCUCCCAAGUAUCUGCUCAAGAACUACCAGCAGUUCCAUUACUUGCUGGAGAACCCAUACCGAAAAGCGGAGGGUGCUGGUUGAGAUCGCUGGACUGCUGUGGGAAAUCAGAACUUCACGAUAAAGGGAAAGAGUUGGGUGUUUGUCUGUUCCUUUCUUUUUUGUUUUCUUUGAUUCCAGAUGGGGUGUGCCAUUUCUCCAUGGUCUCUGUCCUACCUCCCUUCCCUUCUUCCCAUGGUGAUGCCUGGGGACAAAUUCCUCAGACAAAUGAAGGGAGACCUGGGCAGGAGGAGGGGAGAGGUGUGGGCAGUAGCAUAAAGACCUCCCUGCGUCUUCUGGACCUUUCUGCUGGCUGGAGAGACUUGCUGCAUCCAGCUGGUGGAUUUUCCUUCUUGUGGGGCUGGGAGGGCUCCCUGAGGAAAGAGGGCAGCUGUUCCCAUCCACCUUCAUCUGUUGUGGAUUGGAGCAAGCACAGAUGCGAGCCUGAGCUGUUCAUUGAGCGUUUGAGUCAGCAGGCACAAAGCGAUGCGAGGGGUCACGUGUGCAGAUGUGUGUCACAGGCAUUUUUUGGAUGAGUGAAUGUGCAAAAGCAUCUCAGUAUGCAUUUUUUUUUAUACCUCUAUGUUCAAAGUAUUUUGGGGAAGGCAAAUCCUUUGCUUCCAAGGUGUUCUCCCCUACACACUGCCUCCUCCCACAAAUUUAAUAUAUCUGUCCGAGGCUGUCUCUCAGCCUGAUGCUCUACCAGACCUGAAGCAGGCAGGUGGGAAGCAGAGAGGAAAGCCAAUUUUUUUUUUUUUUUUUUAAAUUUUUUUUUCUGUUUACUCCCUUUUCACCCUGCCCCCAAAAUGCUGCACUGGCUUGCUCCACAGGAGCUGAAGCAUCUUCCCUGCAGCAUGUGCUUUGUUUGGGUCUGGGAUAAGCUGCAGGGGACUAAAUCAGAUGGUGGGAGUAUAUGUUUACAAGUGCAUGGUUUCCUAUGUGCAUGAGUGCUAACAUGCAUGGUUUUGGUAUGCACGUGGCUGUUUGUCACUGGUGUUGGGAGGGGAGGGGUCAAAGUUGGUCUUGGGUGGUGUGCGUAUUUUCAGGAAAUGGUGGCAUCCAUAAGCUGUGAUCUGUCUUGUCAUGGAUGGCAUUUCGGGGAGAGCAUCAGCUCUUCAUAGCAGGGUGUGCCAUGUGGAGCUCUUACAUGCCUCUCUGGAUGCCUUUGCACCCUUGUGGGCUGUGCCUGCUGCAAGGAUUCUGUUUACAUGUGCUGGCUAUUUUCAAUUGCCAUGGGGGAAAUGAGAGGAGAAGGGCAAAGUUCUGAGUCACCAAUGGGUGUUGUGGGGAAAUACAAAGCAUGUUGAGGCACAGGACCCACUGCGAGCUUGUGGUGAAUGGAGCUGUGGGUAGAAUCCCUCUGGGGCCAGAAGACUUUUCUGGGACAAUCAUGCAAUCCACAGCCUGGACUGUGCAGAUUAGGCCAUGCAGAAUAGAGGAGAUGUAGGAUGACAUUCCUUGCAGCUGGUGGGCCAGUGUCCACACAGAGCUGGCCACUGAUGGGUAGCCAAGAUUAGCCUGUUGCUGUAGUAGACUGGUUCAGCUCAUUGAGGAAGCAGAUUGGCAUCUCCACCCUCACCACCCUUCCUUAGCAGAUGGCUUGACAGGGUGCCCAGAGCCCACGCUGUGGUGGGAAGAGGGAGAAAAACAUGAAUGUGCUCUGUUGGCCUUACAGUGGAAAUAUUGGCUCGUCUUCCGAACAAAUAAGUGAGGAUCAUGUGGAGGAGGAGAAUGUUGUCAUAAUGAAGAGUGACCGUGCCAUCAGGCCAGCUGGAACAAGAGGGUUUCCACUGACCUCAACUCACUCCAUCAGGGCUUCAUAUUCCCGUGUCAUCCAUCCCAUUCUCUCCAUUGCGCUCCAUUCCUAUCUCUGUCUCUCUCUCUCUCUUCUAUUUGCUUCUUUAGAGAUGUGAAAAGCAUCAGGAAAGAUAAUUUGGUUCCCUAAGAAGAAUUAAAUUUGAACAGAAAGAUGAAUGUUGUUUUUCUGAUCAAACUGAGUUGGACUUCAUCUUAGUUCCGUCCCCCCAUCUCACGUGCCACAAUGCCUGCUUGGAAGAACUGAGGGAUCCCCUCUUUUCUUGUUGUUUUGUUUUUGUGUUCUUUUUAAUAUAUACGUGUAUGUUGCUGUUUUCCUUUGUGAUGUGUUUCCCAAGAAGAGGAAAGUCCCUUUGAGAACUGAGCAGGAGAAGGCUUGGUGGGUGGAAUGCUCUCCCCUCAAAGAGAAGCUGUGGCUUUGCCGAGCUCAGUCUUGUUGAUGCAGGAGGGAAUUUUGCCAUGGUCACAGAGACAUGGUCACAUGGACACAGAGGCAGGGGGAGACUGUAGAGAAAUCAGGGCUUGGAUGAGAAAGGAGCAGUCACUUUUAGCAAGUUAGAGCAAUAGCUCUGAGACUGCUGCAUGAGAGCUUUCCCCAGGGAUAACCAGAGGAGAGCCCAGUGUAUUGACACAAGGGAUUUGGUAACAGUAAAUUGAAAAGUAAAAAGGGAAGAAGCUAUUCCUCAUUUUCAAUCUAGGAUCUACAUUCAGGCAUUGCCUUGGUGACAACACAAGUCUCAGGUCAGGCGUUCCUGAAGACGAGAGAGGUCAGUCAUUGCAUACGUGCUUUGGGAGCAGCAGAGCACCACAGAAAACAGGCAGAAGCACACGCAUGCUGAGGCUGCACCACCCGAUCUGCAGUGGCAGCAGCCUCUCCCGUCCUACCAGCCCUUCCCACACAUGGGCUUCCGUGGGGAUUUUUAGUGCAUUGCAAGUUGUGUUUUCAUCACUGGGGUAUGGUUUUUCAUCUCAGCAGAUUCAGAUAAGCCUUAACUGCAAUUAUCAGCAUCUCCUAUUCCCAAAGUUCAGCCUGUUCCCUUCCCUCCCCUCUCUUUCACUAUUUGCUCCAUUGUUCCCCUCUUCUCCCUUCUGAGAAGGUCCCACUGGAACAGGCGAGAGCAGCACUGGGGCUCUUCUGCACGACUCUGGCCCUGUCAACCUCCUGGAUGUCUCCAUUUCCUUAUUCUUAGGAAAUCAAAUUUAAAACAGGCUUCUGUUGUGGAUGGAGGAAGGGACUUCACAGCUGAAAUGCAUUUUUUCUUUUUCUUUCUCAAGAAUCAUCCAGUGUUUUGAUUUAAGGCCAAACCAGUUAAUGUUCCUGUUGUUUCUGUAAGCCCUGUGUUUAUUAUCCUUAGGGAGUUGGAGUGCUUGUCAUUAAAAGUCUUCCAUCGCCUCCCUUGAGGGAUGGGGAUAAGCACAAUGACUUCUGCACAGCGAUUUCCCAAGGUGGUGGCUUGCCCUCAGCCAUCCCUGUCUGAGCCAGACAAUGAAGUUUGGAAAGGGAUGAACUGAAAACCAAAUCCCAUUCUGCCCCAGGACUGGUUGUUGCAGCGAAGCCAUGAGCCCACUGUCUUUCUGGGACCAACGUUGUCUGUGGUUCACCAACCUUUCCCCACAGAUGUGUGCUUUUUCUUCCCCAGAACCUUUUCACCUUCAGAUUAAUUGGUGUUAUCUGUAAUUGGUGCAUCCCUAUACUUUGCCCUUCUUUCUGCCCAACUCUGCUCGACUUCCUUUGUGCCCAUGCAUGGCUUUGAAGUGGAAAGCUUCUCUUCCUCCUUCUUCCCAGGUGAAGGAGAGGAUGUGGGCUAAUGCCUCUGUCCCUCCAGAGGAACAAAGGCAGUGAGGAGGUGCAGUAUACCCAGCAAGGGAUUGGAUGGGGUUGUGUCUGCAUGAAGGACAAUACUCAACAGUCUGCUCUCACUGUUGCUUUCUCUGAUCCCUGUGUCUUGCUGAGGUGUUUUCUGUUGUGCAGCCUGUUCUUUGUGCCUCUGUGCUGGAUAAAGGAAGGGGACCUCGUGGCCUCCAGGUAACUUAUGAGUCAGGGUGGGGGCAGGGUCAGUGCAGAACGGGUAUUUGUUCCCCUGGUGCCUCUUGGUGUGUCCUUGUGGGGUGGCAGUGUCUCUUCUUGUCCCGCUGCUCCUGCCAGCACUCCGUGGCUGCUAUGCCUGUGCACUGUGAAGACGUGUCGGGAGUCACUCCUGGUCCUGUUAGCAAACACUGGUGGUGAAGAGGGAAGGGUUGGGGCUCAUGCUGGCCUCACUGACCUCAAGCCUUGGUGAGAAGGGAGAGAAGUACGGUAGAAUGGAUCCCAAAUCCCUCUAUUGCUGCGUUUCCCCUAUCCACCAAAAAAUCUCCUUCUGAUUUCUGAGACAAUGGAUGAAUCUGCUCUUACUGAAAAAGAGGGGGAGCUGGAGAUGUCAGGAGUGGCUCGAAUCCAGCACCAAGGAGAGCUGUUUCUGAUGCUAUAUACCAACAUCUAAAGCAUUGGGGACUACAGAUAAUGGCUUAAAAAGGGAUCUGAAAUGCUCUGAAACUAAGAAUCAAAGCCACUGUUGGUUUUUUUCUUUCCUGUGAGGAUGGUGAUGCAGAAUCGUCCUGGAGGAGGCCCAGCAGCACUGCUGAUGCUGGGUUCCACCUGGACCUGCUGGUGGCAUCAGGACACUGUACUGGCAAAAGAAUGCGUGGACUUGCCAAAAACAAUUUAAAAAAAAAAGAAAAAAAAAAAAAAAAAGAAUCUGCAAAGCUCCUUUCCACUCUGUAAUUUAUAAACAGCAAGUAAUAAUGAACUUUUUGUAAGGAUAAAUCAAAUGUACAUUCUGAAAUCAUUUUCUCUGUAAAUGGUUGGAUUUCAUUUCACCCUUAAAGGGAUGCUUAAAAGGAGGAAAUAAUAAAAAUAAUAAUAAUUAAAAAAAAAUUACAAAGUCUGAAAGGAAACCAA